UAUUUUUGCCUGGAGACAUGCAGUGCUUGGCUGUCACACAGGGAGAAUAUCCACAUCCACAGGUGGUGGAGAAAAUGCAAAGGCUGAACGUGGCCACAAUAUUUUUAGGAGUAUUUCUGUGCCAAGCUCCUGCACCCACUUCUACAUUGCCUUUUGAAUUGUGGUCUCCCCAACAAACAGCCGUUGUGCUGUUCAGCCCAAUUCUCUACUUGGCUGUGGUCUUGCACCUUCAGGAUCCACCUGCUCUGCUGCUUCCAUAGUCCCUGUGGAAAAGGGCUGCAGAGAGGUCCAUACCCAUCGCCUACUGAUAUCACAGGGGCCAAACUGCUGCUGUCUGCAGGGCUGGGAUCAGCUUAUGGGGAUGGAUGGCUGGAGCAGGAGGACGGUUCUUCCUGGGGGUCCUCUGCUCCGCAGUGCCAGUGGGGCAGGCAUGGGAUGGUGAAUUUGCUUGUUGUUAAACUGUAGGAGCCUUACACUUACAAAACCACCACUUGUUCUUUGCAUUAGGUCCAUCAAUAACUCUGAGAGAUGGCUGUGGAGUGGUUUUGGCAAGACAACACUGAUUGCUUUUUCUCCAUCUAAAGUUCUUGGGGUUUUGUGGUGGGGUGUUUUCCAUAAUGAUGCACCAGGGUUGCCAGUUUCCAAGAAGCAUGGCCUCAGAGGCAUGCUAGUGCUUCUCAAAUUUGCAGCUUUGAAAAAUAAGCAGAAUGUUUCGUGCCUCCUUUAAGUAUUACUUUCUGUGUUGAGAUGAUUGUAACCUUUCCUGUUUGAUAUCUGAGAGCAUCUGUUGUUUCUGUUUAGACACCCGGGCAAAGAUGUAGAUGACCAAGAGGUGUUUUCCCCUCCUGGCUUGGGAUUAAAUUUCUCAGUCACAGGCAAGGAAGUUUCCCUAAGGAAAUGGAUUCGUCUUCCCAAAAAUACCCAGUCAAAAAGCGAGUGAAAAUUCAUCCCAACACAGUAACAGUGAAAUAUACUUCUCAUUAUCCCCAGCCAGGAGAAGAGGGAUAUGAGGAUGUUAAUGAAGAUACUGGAGUAUUUAUGGAGGAUAAUCCUAAGAAAAGACUAUUGAAUGAUGGGAAAAAGAGAGAAAGGACUUUUUUCGGUACAAUAGACACCAAACUUCAGCCAGCACAACUGGCAAAACCUAAUGAGAUGGGGCAAUCCCAGCAUUUUCCUGAGGGAAAUAUACUGCAGUCAAGGAAAACGUGGGUAGUCCUUUUUGGAUCUGCUGUGGCUCACGGAUGCGUGGCUCUAAUUACAAGAUUAAUUUCUGAUCGUUCCAAAGUGCCAUCCCUAGAGUUAAUUUUCAUCCGCUCAGUCUUACAAGUGCUGUCCGUUACUGUUGUGUGUUACUACCAUGAGCCUCCCUUUGGCCCAAAAGGCUACAGACUCCGGCUCUUCUUCUAUGGGGUCUGCAAUGUUAUCUCUAUUACCUGUGCUUAUACUUCCUUCUCCAUAGUUCCCCCCAGCAAUGGGACCAUUAUGUGGAGGGCUACCACUACAGUGUUCAGUGCCAUUUUGGCUUUUUUACUCAUAGAUGAAGGAAUGGGAUACAUAGACCUUAUUACUGUAUUUGGCAGCGUGUUUGGUGUUUGUCUGGUCAUGAUACCCAAUAUUGUUAAGGAGGAAAACUCUUUGCUAAGCACCUGGAAGGAAGCUUUUGGCUAUACCAUGACUGUUAUGGCAGGCUUGACCACUGCCCUCUCCAUGAUAGUCUAUAGGUCAAUCAAAGAUAACAUCAGCAUGUGGACAGCACUAUUCACCUUUAGUUGGACGGGAACGGUGUGGGGAGCAUCCACCAUGUUCUUACUUCAAGAGCCAAUCGUCCCACUGGAUGGAGAAACCUGGAGCUAUCUCCUUGCCAUCUGCCUGUGCUCCACAGCAGCCUUCCUGGGGGUCUACUAUGCCCUGAGCAAGUUCCACCCUGCUUUGGUCAGCACCGUACAGCACCUGGAAAUAGUCAUUGCCAUGGUCCUGCAACUUGUCGUGUUGCGGAUCUUCCCAGGUGCUUAUGAUCUUGUCGGGGGAGCUGUUAUUUUGGUUAGUGUCUUCUUCCUUGCGUGUUACAAACUGUCCUGGAAGAAUUUAGGAAGGCAAGAUUAUCAGGAGAUUGUGGAUUCUUCCAUUAAAUGAACUGUGGUUUUGUCCUCUGAAUCUGGCUAUGUGACCAUAUGGAAGUUAGUUAUUUCAACUUUAGUGUUCAUGGGUUAUGUCUCUGUCUAGAGCAGCCAGAUUCUCUCUCUACUGUUUAAAUUCACAGCUGGUGUAGCAAUGUUGGUGUUUCUAGACUUCCAUGACAGGUGAAUUUGUUCUAGCACAUACCACCACUGGCGUUCUGUCAUGUGAGGAAAGACUAUUUGUCCCCAGCAAGUAGGGUGCAUGAGCAGGGACUGCUGGCCAAGCCUUGGGCAGGUUUCCUCCUCACCUUCCCUGGAUAAGGCAACAGAGACAGAGGAAUUCACUAGUGACUCUCAUUCCUGUGCAAUGUGGUAGUAGGCAAAUUAAUAGUAAAGCCAUUAAAAUGGCCAACCAGAGUACUCAUCUCCUCUGUAACACUACUUCUGCUUUGGCUGUAAUGCUCAAAGUGAUGCUGAUACUUCUGUGGUUAAAACCUGCAUUUCCUGUGUAUAAAGAAUCAGUCAGUAAAA